CCAAGGCCGUUGCUAGGCGCCGACGUCCGCUUCUUCACAUCGGAUUGGAUCUCGCUCAAAGAUGAGGCGUGGUUUCGCCGUGGCACGCAUGCGUGCGACAAAGGAUGGAGGAGUCGGAACCCGAGCGGAAGCGCGCCCGCCCCGACGACGCAACCGCUAGAGGAAGCCGCUCCGAGGAUGAGGAUGAGGAUGACGAGGACUACGUCCCCUAUGUGCCGCUGCGACAGCGCCGACAGCUACUGCUCCAGAAGCUACUGCAGCGAAGACGCAAGGGAACUGCAGAGGAGGAGCAGCAGGACAGCAGCAGUGAGCCCCGAGGAGAUGAGGAUGACAUCCCGCUGGGUCCUCAGUCCAAUGUCAGCCUCCUGGAUCAGCAUCAGCACCUCAAAGAGAAGGCUGAAGCCCGCAAGGAAUCUGCCAAGGAGAAGCAGCUAAAAGAAGAAGAAAAGAUUCUGGAGAGUGUGGCUGAAGGCCGAGCCUUGAUGUCAGUGAAGGAGAUGGCCAAGGGCAUCACAUAUGAUGACCCAAUCAAAACCAGUUGGACACCACCCCGUUAUGUCCUGAGCAUGUCUGAAGAGCGGCAUGAGCGUGUUCGAAAGAAGUAUCACAUCCUGGUGGAAGGAGAUGGUAUCCCACCACCUAUCAAGAGCUUCAAGGAAAUGAAGUUUCCUGCAGCCAUCCUGCGAGGCCUAAAGAAAAAAGGCAUCCUCCACCCAACACCUAUUCAGAUCCAAGGUAUCCCUACCAUUCUCUCGGGCCGGGACAUGAUUGGCAUUGCCUUCACGGGAUCAGGCAAGACGUUGGUAUUCACACUGCCUGUCAUCAUGUUCUGCCUGGAACAAGAGAAGCGAUUGCCUUUCUCUAAGCGUGAGGGGCCCUAUGGACUCAUCAUCUGCCCCUCGCGGGAACUGGCCCGGCAAACCCAUGGCAUCCUGGAAUAUUACUGCCGUCUCCUGCAGGAGGACAGCUCACCUCUCCUGCGCUGUGCUCUCUGCAUCGGGGGCAUGUCUGUCAAAGAGCAGAUGGAAACGAUCCGACAUGGUGUACAUAUGAUGGUGGCCACCCCUGGGCGCCUCAUGGAUUUGCUGCAGAAGAAGAUGGUCAGCCUAGACAUCUGUCGCUACCUGGCCCUGGAUGAAGCUGAUCGCAUGAUUGAUAUGGGUUUUGAGGGCGACAUCCGCACUAUCUUUUCCUACUUCAAGGGCCAGCGGCAGACUCUACUCUUCAGUGCUACCAUGCCAAAAAAGAUUCAGAACUUUGCCAAAAGUGCCCUGGUCAAGCCUGUUACCAUCAAUGUGGGGCGUGCUGGGGCUGCCAGCCUGGAUGUCAUUCAGGAGGUGGAAUACGUGAAGGAAGAGGCCAAGAUGGUGUACCUGCUUGAGUGCCUGCAGAAGACUCCCCCUCCUGUGCUCAUCUUUGCAGAGAAGAAGGCUGAUGUGGACGCCAUCCAUGAGUAUCUGCUGCUCAAGGGAGUUGAGGCUGUUGCCAUCCAUGGAGGCAAAGACCAGGAGGAACGAACCAAAGCCAUUGAGGCAUUCCGGGAGGGCAAGAAGGAUGUCCUGGUGGCCACAGAUGUGGCCUCCAAAGGCCUGGACUUCCCUGCUAUCCAGCAUGUCAUCAAUUACGACAUGCCUGAGGAAAUUGAGAACUACGUGCACCGAAUCGGCCGCACAGGGCGCUCAGGGAACACAGGCAUUGCUACGACCUUCAUUAACAAGGCCUGUGAUGAGUCAGUACUGAUGGAUCUCAAGGCCCUGCUGCUGGAGGCCAAGCAGAAGGUGCCACCUGUGCUACAAGUGCUGCACCCCGGGGACGAGUCCAUGCUGGACAUUGGAGGAGAACGUGGCUGUGCCUUCUGUGGGGGCCUGGGCCAUCGGAUCACUGACUGCCCCAAACUUGAGGCCAUGCAGACCAAGCAGGUCAGCAACAUUGGCCGCAAGGACUACCUGGCCCACAGCUCCAUGGACUUCUGAGCCGUCUGUCUUCCCUCCUUCUCUCCAAGAGGCCUCAGUUCCAGGACUCCAGCCACCCUAUCUGCACACACACACCAGCCCCAUGGACAAGAAGCCAGCAUCCUUGGCCCAGCUGGCCUGGGCUGUUCCUUGUACACCAUCCACCCCAGAAUUAUUAUUUUUGUUUUCCUUCCCUUCAGCUGCCAUUAAAGCACAAACCGCCUCUA